GUAUAUGAUCUAUAUAUCCCACCCUUCUAGGGUUUGGAGGAAUACAAACCAUUAUUCUCUCCUAUCCUCUGUCUUACAUACCUGGAUGGUUAUUGAGAAGAAAAAAGAUCGCGGACAUAUCUUUCAAUAACUUCACGGUGGGAAAUUCAGGACCCAGCAAUGCCUUCCAGGGAGUGUCAAUCUGGUGGAGAGCUAUUCACCUGAAAUGAACAGCUUAAAUAGUGUUCAGCCAUGCUUAAAGAGGAAUUUCCCAUGUGUUGCUUCUAAUGGACAAUAUCGAUCUUCAUUGCAUAUUAAUUGUGGUGACAAAGAAGCAACUAUAAAUGGAAUUAAAUAUGAAGCUGACACGACACACAAAGGGGCUUCAUUGCUGUAUGUAACCCCAGGCUCAAAUUGGGCGUUCAGCAGCACUGGGAAUUUUAUGGACGGCAACAUAAAUGACGACAACUACAUUGCAACAAGUGCAUCAAAAUUGACCAUACCCAAUUCAGAGUUGUACACUAAAGCCCGUCUUUCUCCUCUUUCGCUCACAUAUUAUGGGCUUUGCAUGUUAAGUGGGAGCUACACAGUUAAUCUCCACUUUGCUGAAAUUGUUUUCACAAAUGAUACCACAUAUUGUAGCCUUGGCAAAAGAAGAUUCAACGUGUUCAUACAGGGAAGAAUGGUGCUCGAGAAUUUCAAUAUUGAGCAGUUCUCUGGUGCAGCUGGAAAACCAGUUAUCAAGACUUUCCAAACACAUGUCGCAAAUCAUACUCUAGAGAUUCAGUUCUAUUGGGCAGGAAGAGGGACAACAGGCAUUCCAUAUAGAGGUUCUUACGGCCCGCUGAUAUCUGCAAUAUCAGUAACUCCAAAUUUCCAGAUUCAGUUGGCUGUUGAACCUCCAGCAACUCGAGAUAGCAAAAGGAGUUCAAGGCCAUCCAUUGCUUUAGUGAUUGGAAUCCCAAUUAUAGCAAUAUUCACAGCUCUGAUUGUUGGCAUUUAUUGUAUUAAGAAGCGGAAAAGGAGUUUGAUGGAUAAAGAACUCAGAGCUCUUGACCUGCAAAUUGGCUCCUUCACUUUGCGACAAAUCAAAGCGGCAACUAGGAACUUCGAUGCAGCUAACAAGAUUGGUGAAGGUGGCUUUGGUUCAGUUUACAAGGGUUUAUUAUCCGAUUGCACCAUCAUUGCUGUCAAGCAGUUAUCAUCAAGGUCUAAACAAGGGAACCGGGAAUUCGUGAAUGAGAUAGGCAUGAUAUCUGCACUCCAGCAUCCUAACCUUGUCAAACUUUAUGGCUGUUGUACAGAAGGAAACCAGCUGUCACUGGUUUAUGAGUAUAUGGAAAACAAUUGCCUUGCGCGAGCUCUUUUCGUUGAAAAAUAUAGACUGAGACUGGAUUGGCCAACAAGAUACAAGAUUUGCCUUGGGAUAGCAAGAGGUCUAGCAUAUCUGCAUGAGGAAUCUACAAUAAGGAUUGUACACCGAGAUAUCAAGGCCAGCAAUAUACUACUUGACAAAGAUUUGAAUGCUAAGAUUUCAGAUUUUGGGCUAGCAAAGCUUAAUGAAGACGAUCACACCCACAUAAGCACAAAAGUAGCUGGAACAAUCGGAUACAUGGCUCCUGAGUAUGCUAUGCGUGGUUAUUUAACAGAUAAAGCUGAUGUAUACAGUUUUGGUGUUGUUGCUUUGGAAGUUGUCAGUGGGAAAAGUAACACAAACUACAGGCCAAAGGAAGACUUUGUUUAUCUUCUAGAUUGGGCUUGUGUUCUACAUGAGAGAGGAACUCUCCUAGAAUUGGUAGAUCCAGAUCUAGGAUCCAAUUACUCAACAGAAGAGGCACUCCUGAUGUUGAAUGUUGCCCUGCUAUGCACAACUGCAGCGCCUACACUCAGACCAAAGAUGUCGAAAGUUGAGCUGCUUGAGGGCCAUACCCCUCUCCAGCCCUUGCUGUCAGACCUCAGCCUUGCAGCAAAUAGCCUGAGCUCAAGUGGUGUACGCCGGAACUUUUGGCAAAACCCAAGUGAGAGCCAGAGCCUGACAGCAGAAGCUUCAUGUAAUUACAGUAAUGAACCAUCAACCAUAGAUAUAGAUGGUAGCCUGAGACAAUUGAUGAGUUCGAUGAAAUGAUGUGCAUCAUAAACCAGGUGUACAUGUAAGAACUACUAGGGAUAUGCCAGUAUGAUUAUAUCAAUUAUCAAGUAUCAACAGUGCAA